AUGGUUCGCAAACAUAACAAUCAGUUACCAACAAAUCUCCCGCAGCUUCAAAAUCUGAUAAAAAGGGAUCCAGCUUCCUACCAUGAAGAAUUCAUGCAACAGUUGAAACAUUUUGAAAACACAUUGGAAGUUUUCAAUCUUGACCCGAAACAACCCCAUAAGACUCUAGAUGAUAUGGUUAUGUUCAUGGCUCAAGUAGCUCAAUGUUAUCCAAAGGAAUUGGAGAACUUUCCUCAGCAAUUAAUCACCCUUCUUCAGAAGCAUAACACAGUUUUGGAGAACAAUAUGAGAAUGACAUUUUGUAGAGCCCUAAUUCUACUAAGGAAUAAAAAUCUUCUUUCUCCCACUGAUCUGUUAGAGCUGUUUUUUCAACUUUUGAGGUGUCAAGAUAAGGCAUUGAGGUCAUUUUUAGAAAACCACAUUAUUACAGAUAUAAAAAAUUUGAACUCUAAGCAUAAAAAUGCCAAGCUGAAUACAACACUUCAGAACUUUAUGUUCACAAUGUUGAAAGAUUCGAACUCCAAAGCAGCAAAAAUGUCUGUGGAUAUAAUGAUUGAAUUAUACAAGAAAAAUGUUUGGAAUGAUGCCAAAACAGUUAAUGUUAUUUCAACAGGAUGUUUUUCAAAAGUAACUAAGGUUAUGGUUGCAUCAUUGAAAUUCUUCUUGGGUAAGGAUCCAAAUGAAAAAGACUCAGAUGAUUCUGAUUCUGAUGAUGAAGUCAAUCCAAAAGAAGUUGCAAUGGCAAAUAAAGUGAAUAAGAAGACACGGAAAAGAGAAAAACAGUUGGACAAAGUUAAGAAAUUGGCUUCAAAGGCUUAUAAGAAAAAGUCUGCUGCCCCAACCUUCAACUUUUCUGCCAUACAUUUGAUACAUGAUCCUCAAGGUCUUGCAGAAAAAUUAUUCAAACAACUGGAAACAACAAACAAACGUUUUGAAGUAAAACUAAUGACAUUAGACGUCAUAUCUCGGUUGAUAGGACUCCAUGAUCUAUUCCUCUUCAACUUCUAUUCCUACAUUCAACGUUUCAUGCAACCGCACCAACGUGAAGUCACAAGAAUUCUACAAUUCGCAGCCCAAGCCAGCCAUGAACUUGUUCCACCCGACGUUAUCGAGCCUGUUUUGAAGACCUUGGCAAACAACUUCAUCACCGAACGUAACUCUUCAGAUGUAAUAGCUAUCGGCUUGAAUGCUGUCAAAGAAAUCUGUGCUAGAUGCCCUCUAGCAAUGGAGGAUGACUUGUUGCAAGACCUUGCAUUAUACAAAAACUACAAAGAUCGAUCUGUUAUGAUGGCGUCCAGAUCACUGAUACAGUUGUUCCGAACGACAAGGCCUGAGCUGUUGCACAAAAAAGAUAGAGGCAGACCCACAGAGGCUUCUGAGGAACUAGAAUCCAUAAAUUAUGGAAAACUGAAUGCCAAAGAUUAUGUGCCAGGAGCAGAGGUUUUAUUGGAGGAAAAAUAUAAUGGAGACAUUGAGAUAAACUCUGAUUCUGGAUCGGAUGACGACCAAUGGGUUGAUGUUCAACAUUCAGAUGAUGAUAUAGGAGAGGAUUUGAGUGAAGAUGAUGAAGAUCUAGAAGAGGAAGCCGAAAGUGACAAAGAGGAGAAUGAUGACCAGAAAGACAAAGAUAAUGAGGAAACCGGAGAAACCGAGAAUGUAUCAGAAGAAAAGAAAGACGAGCCCAAGAAACCUGUGUUGAAAGGAAAGCGUAAAUUGGAGAAUCUGAAACAAAAGAAAGAAAACGCACAGAAAAUAAGUCUGGAGAGGCUGUUGACUGAUGAAGAUUUCAAACGUAUAGACAUGGCAAAUGUCAGAAAGCAAGUCUUUAGUACCAAAAAGGGACUAAAAAGGAAAAUUGAAGAAACCCCAGUGGAAGCACCUUCUGAACUAGUGAAAUUGAGUGAUAUAGAGAAUAUCUAUAAGAAGAGGAAGCAUGAUAAACAAACAAGAAUGGAAAGUGUUAAAAAAGGUCAAACAGACAGAGAAAAGUUCGGCUACAAAGAUGGAAGGGUGAAUGAACAUUGUUCAAAAACCAAUAGAGAAAAGAGUAAGAAGAAGAACUUUCAAAUGAUCAGGCAUAAGGUGAGGGUUAAGGUAAAGAGGAGUUUUAAAGAUAAGCAAAUAGCUUUAAGGAACCAUUUGUUGAAGUUGAAGAAAAUGAAAUGA